CUUCACGCCUGGCGCUUUAUUUCCCCCCUCUUUCUAGUCAGAAACAGAAUUUGUUAGACGUCUUAAAGUCUAUCUUGUUUAAAUGAGUACUAUACACUAUACUCUUGUUUACGUAUAUAGUUAAGUCAAGUAAAGUCUUUGCAUAUGUAUGUAAGACUUUGCGUAUGUAUCUAUACAAAAGAACGAUUUAUUCGAGUUAUUGCUGUUGAGAUUACUGCUUGUUUUGCGCGGCUUUAAGUUUGACAAGUUUUUUAAAAUUAAAAAAAAUAUAUAUCUUUACAUACUUCAUUUUCAAAGCGUUUCUGUAAUUAUACGCCUUCGUAGGUGAAUGUUUGACCGAGUUAUAUGAUCAAACAAACAAGCAAUCAGUCAUCCAUCCAAACACCAGUUCAACCAGGCCGACAAUCAGCCAGACAGCGAACCAGCCAGUCACUCAGUUAACCAGCAGCCACUUAAGCAACAAUUAUUUGUUGUUGCCAUAGUGUAUAUAUAUAUAUAUACAUACGUAUGGCAUCGUACUACUAAUGCAUUUAUUUUUGUGGUUCUUUUCAAAAAUAUUAAAAAAAAUAAAAUAAAAUAUUGAGCAAAUUAUUCGGUUUCCAAUAACGUCUCUACGCAUACAAAACACAUACGCACCUACACAAAGUGAGCGUGUAAUUAAAAACCCUUUUUUACACGACAUUGACUUCGUUUAAUGUAAUUGAACAGGAGAGCUCAAGGAGAAGAGUAAGAGCAACAAAACAACAAAAAUAACAAAAAACAAAAAGAAGACAGACGGCAAAGUAUUUGAGACGAAUAUGAAUCGACCGAUGAACUAAGGAACACCCCUUUGCUGAAAAGGACAAAGGGGUUUUGGUUGAGUAAAAGUGAAUAAUUAUCACCCCAGUUAAAGUGACACCAAAACUAAAGUAAAACCACCACCACAACCGCUACCACCAUCGUCAUCAGCGUUGCCGUUAUCGCUCUUCCAUUACCAAACAACGUCUUUUCGGUUUAAGGUUUUCUCGAUUGGGAAAGACAAACGAAACAUACGUUUUGUGUGAAGUCUAAUAGAAUUUCCAAAGUUUUGUUAUUUUUCUUUACAAUUUAAGAUAAUUACGGGAAUUUUUUUUUUUUUUUUUUUGUUUCUGUUCUGUAAAAAUUUCAAAAUAAACAAAACAGAGGAGAAAAUGAUUAAAUUACAAGCUCCACUUAACACAAAUAAUCAUCAUCGCUACUGCAAGCUUAGAAAUAGUAGCUGUAGUAACAUCAACCGCAAUAGAAACAAUAACAAUAACAAUAACAAUUAUUGUAGUAGAAGCAAGAGCAACAACAACAUGUACACAAAUAUGCUAAUAUUAGUUGCGACAGUUAAAAAGCGAUCAUUGCUAUUGCUGACAUUUUUGUUGUUGUUAAUUUGUUUAUGUCAACUAUGCAGACCUGCCCUGGCAUGGAUGCCCGAUGUCAGACCAGAUUUACAAGCAAAACAAGAUAAAAUUUUAGCCAAAUUCUUUGGCAACACAACGGACUAUUUUAAAGUUUUACACCAUGACGAUUAUACGAUCUUGAUCGGUGCCAGGGAUGUUAUGUACAACAUAAGCUUAAAUGGCUUACGUGAAAAUAGCCGCAUUCAAUGGUUUUCCUCUGAUGCUGAUCGCGAGCUGUGCGCUCUCAAGGGUAAACAUGAAUCCGAUUGUCACAACUACAUACGUGUAUUCGCUCAUCUCGAAGAUGGACAAAUACUUUUAUGCGGCACAAAUUCUUAUAAGCCCAGGUGUCGUCAUUACGCUCCCACAGUCGAUGAAGUGCAUGGGAGUUCAGUGUUUGCUUAUGAAAUUGUGCGUGACGUCGAAGCACAAGGUUUAUGCCCUUACAGUCCGGUGCAUAACAGUACAUAUGCGUUUGCCGAUGGUCAAUUGUACAGUGCCACGGUCGCUGAUUUUUCAGGUGGUGACCCUUUAAUAUAUCGUGAAAAUUUACGUACCGAACAAUACGACUUGAAGCAAUUAAAUCAACCGGACUUUGUGGGUGCAGUAGAGCGUAACGGCUUUGUAAUGUUCUUCUUCCGUGAAAUAGCGAUGGAAUUUAUGAAUUUCGGCAAAACUGUUUACUCUCGUGUGGGCAGAGUUUGUAAGAAUGAUCGCGGUGGCCCUUACACUCUAUCAAAGAGUUGGACUUCUUUUUUGAAAGCUCGUUUGAAUUGCUCAGUACCUGGAGAAUUUCCAUUUUAUUUUGAUGAAAUACAGGCUGUUAGCUCAGUUAUGGAAAGUCCCACCAAUCCUUUAAUAUAUGCCGUAUUUACUACCUCGGUUAAUGCUAUAUCCGGUUCGGCAGUCUGUGCUUUCAAUAUAGACGAUAUUAUGGAAGCUUUCCAAGGCCGUUUUAAAUCGCAGAAAGACAGCCAAUCGCAAUGGCUGCCAGUGCAAGAGGAACAAGUACCUGAACCCCGUCCGGGACAAUGUGUUGAUGAUUCACGUACCUUGUCAAGUAUAGCCGUGAAUUUUGUAAAGAAUCAUCCUUUAAUGGAAACAUCAGUGCCAUCAGUCUUUGGACGACCUCUAUUGAAAAAAGUCAACCUUUUUCAUCGAUUAACCACGAUAGCAGUUGAUCCACAAGUACGAGGCUUAGACGGAGAAUUUCAUGAUGUCAUCUACACUGGUACCGAUGAUGGUAAAGUAACAAAAUUUAUUAAUAUACCUACCGCUACCAAUGGUGGCAACUCCGCAAGUUUUGAUGAGUUGAAGUUUAUAUUGAUCUCUGAAACCCAAGUGUUACCGAUAGGCGUGCCAGUUCGUGAACUUGUAGUUUCUUUUAAAACCAACACUUUACUCGUAGUCAGCGAUGGUAGUUUGGUAACGGUUCCUCUACAUCAUUGCAAUCAUAUAGUGGAUUGUGCCAGCUGUUUGGCUUUGCAAGAUCCCAACUGCGCUUGGGAUCAACAGACGCAUGAAUGUAGAAGUCUUUCCAUAGCAAAUCAUAAAUUUGGCACAAAAAUGUUCUUGCAGUCGUUGAAUACUAGUAAAUGGGCGGCUAAAAAUUUGUGUCCUAAAUUAGGUAAAGGUAUAGUGAUUGCGGAAGGGCCGGCUGUUAAUUUGGGAACAGUUACCGAUAACGCCUUAGAUGCUUCGAUGAAUAUACCAAGUCAUAAAGAUGAAGAUCUUGGCAACAAAGUAGCGAAUACUAAUAUUGUCACUGCUCCUGGCAUUAUACUUAGCGGUACCGCCUUAGACGCUAACUCACCAGAUUUAGACAUACCUACAGCGGUAGGCGGAGACGACUUUCUCUUAAAUACCUUCAACGAAGGGAAUAAAAUAAGCUUACCGUCGGUAGAGGCUCACGAUUUAAUAAAUUCCGUAAAAGAUCCUUUACAUGCGUCGGCUGGUGUGGAUGAACAAAAAUUACAAUUGGCUGGUAAAAGUUUCUAUUGGGGCUUCGGAGCAUUGGCUUUGGCUUUAGUGUUUAUCAUAGGAAUGGUCGUUGGUUUACAUGUAUCGAAGCGUAACUGUAAGCCUCCGUCUCUGCACAGUAGCCACCGCAAUCAGUUUAAUUCAAAUCCACAAUUCGGUUUAAAGCACGGUAAAGAUAUUAAUCUGCUUAUGAAUCCAAAUCAUUAUUGUCAGACGAAAAAACCAAAUUUGGAUUUGGAAAAAGAUCGCAGUCACGAAUGUAAGAAUUCAACGGAGAAUCUCGAAAAAGAGUUACCCUGCAAAACGUCAACGUUAACAAAAGUCAAACGCACUUACAUAUGAUCACAGAUCAUUGUAAUGAUCGUAAUUGAUUGGCUACGUUUCAUAACGCGAAACGAUUUUGGAUAAAAUUGUAGUAAAAUUUGUUUUAUUUUUUAUAAAUAUAUUUUUAGAUGAUGAUAUAAUUAAUAUUCAUUUUCCAUUUCCCUAAACGUUAGAUAUUAAUUCGAUUAAGGUUUUGUUAAGAAAAACGAAAAAAACUCACAUUACGGAACGUAGACGAAAGAAGAGAAAUCACACGUACAUUCGAUUCAUUUGCGACAUCCAUCCAUUCGCUUGUUAACGCAUUUAAAAUGAAAUACAAAACCAUUUUUGAAUUGAUAUCGCGUACACUCAUACAUUUAUAUAUGAUACGACGUUAUACAUUUAUAUAUAUACAACCAUGAAUAUUUUCUAAGUUAAGAUUUUG